AUGUCUGAUAUUUUGAAAAAUGGAUCUGAAGUUAAACUUCAAAGGAAUGCAUUGAGUGUGCUGGAACAUCCUACAGGGAAUGAAGUGGAUGAUGAUAACGAUUUUGAUACUAGCAGUGGCUCUGACAUUGGUGAACAUGAUUUCUACAGGGGCAUUUGGCGUAAUAUGCUAGAUAAAGGGAUCAGACCAGACAAUAAGGCGUGUGGGGCGCUUGCUGUUGGGUUGUGUGAUGGGGGGGAAGUGGAUUUAGCUUAUGAGCUUGUUAUUGGUGUAAUUAGUGGUUGUCAGUUUGAGGAUAGUAGGAUUGAUGAGGCGCUGGCAAUAAUGUCUUUUAUGAGGAGGAAUCGGUGCAGGCCAGAUUUGGUUUCAUACAAUGUGUUGUUGAAUUAUUAUUAUUGUGAUGAGUUUAUGUUUGAGGAGGCGGAGAAGUUGUUGACGAAGAUGGAAGAUGGAGAUAUUUGCGAUACCAGAAGGGCCUUUAAGCUGAGGAAAUGGGGUGAAAGGGGAUUGCCCCAGAUGAAUGGGCCUUUGCCUGAUCGUAUAUCUUGUACAACAAUCAUUGAUCACCACUGCAAGAAUGAGAAAGUUGAGAUGGCUUACAGCAUUUUCUAUGAUAUGAUAGAAAAGGGUAUUACUCCUGAUGUGGUUUCAUAUAAUGCCCAUAUAAAUAGAUUUUGCAAAUCUUCGAGAGUAGGUGAAGGUAUGCAUCUAUACAAGGAAAUGCUGCAAAGUGGAUCCUUUCCUGACAAGGUGACUUGUAAGUUGAUCAUUGGAGCUCUUAUACGGGGAAAGAAGCUUUCAGAUGCUUGCAGGGUGUGA